AUGACCUUCUUGUUCGAACACGACCACGUUCUGGGCCUUUUGAACAUAAUCUGCGAUAUGAUUGUAGUCAAGAGCGUCAAGCCCGACCUGGGCGACUCGUUUGAUGACGCGAGCCAGUCGUUCCAAGCUAGAUGCGCAUCCUUGGAGAAAAAGUGCAACUUCAAGGGCCAACGAGAAAAGCUUCGAACUCCG